AUGUAUGUAUUGGCACUUUAAUAGUUAGAAUAAAUUUCAUUUGAUUAAUCUGAAAUUAAGGAUGAGAGUUUCUUGGAUUAGUCUGAUCUUUAGUUUAGCAUUCCGAAUUCUCCGAAAAUCGUAACUCCAAAUACGAAAUUCUUGAAUUAGAUUAAUGAUAGGAAUGAAAUGAAGAUUGCUCAAUAACAAUCAAUAUCAUCAUAGUCGAAGUAGAAUUAAUUUUCAAAACCAUUUUAGUAAGAUCCAAAAAGAAAGGAUUUUGAAAUCUCAACAUUUAAUGAAGAACUCUUUUUUGGAAAUUAAAUUGCAAGACCUUUAUAGGUAUCACCUAAUAACGAAUCCAAAUAAGUAAUAACAGAUUAUCGAGAACCGUAGGUGUAAAUUUAUGGUUUGAAUUACGCAUUGAAAGUGGAAGAAGAGGCAGAGAAGAUCAUUGAGCACUUAAUCGACGAAGCCUCGAAUAGUUUGAAUAAGAUAGAAUUGGUUCAACAAUACGCCUAUUAAACUAAUGCGGGGAUCCUCACAAACUUGGGAGUGAUUAACAACUUCAUAAAUUUGAUGUGCUUUGCAGUUUUAGAAAGUGAUUAGCCGGAAUUUCUGAAGAGAAUGAACACUCCCUAUGGCAGAAAACCCUUAAACAGAUUGAGAUAGUUGCACGCACAGGAUGAUUGCGAAGGUCAUCAAGAAGUGUCACCCCUUUCCUAAAUAAAACAAAUAUUGGAAACUCAAAAUCAGUAUGAAAAAAUUCACAACUAGGCCAUAUUCGAUGCUUUCAACGAGGCUCUCAACAUCUAAAGGCCUUUCUACCAAGAUGAAGGGGUUCCCUAUCCAUGGUGCGUAGAAACCAACAUCUCAUAGAGAUUAUGUUAUGGAAUAGAGGACAUUCCCAACAUCUUGGAGAGAGCAAGGCAAAAGGUGUUUGAUUGGUCAAAGACUCUGUGUGGAUUGUUAUCUGAUGAGAUUCCAGUGAUAUCGGUUCGACAACUAAAUUAUGAGCAACUGAUAAUAAUGCAGGAAUGCCAAGGGAAUGAUUCUUUGGCUUACAUCAAUGAGGAGAGGAUACAAAAUUGUCUCUCAAUUGAAUUGUAAGAAGGAGAAAGGAAAUGGUUCCAGAUGGCUCAGGAAUACUCCGAAGUGUUGAUGGAGAUAGCAGACUACGUGUUUGAAGAAUUGACUGAGGAGAUGGUUGUUGAGGUUCUUAUGUGA